ACCACCGGUUCAACUUCAUGUGCCGACUUUGCCCCUCGAUGGUGUCCAAGAUGCCGCAGCUUUCGCGAGGCCCCGAUGUAUAAAACCAGAAACCGUUUGGCCAUUAGGUAACAUUCUGUUGUGUAACCUCGAUCGGUUAGCAUUGAUCUUGAUCCCAGGGGAUUCAUUUUUUGUUGCAGUGUGUGUUAUCGUCCAGUGGCCACCAGCAACAACCUGGCCAGGGAGCACUGUGGAAAAGAUUUUGCAGUGUUUGUUCUGAUAUAAGAAAAUAUCGUAACUGUGCCAAGUAGCCUGAGUGGUAAAAGUGAUAUUUUGUAAGUUUCUCGGAGUGUGGUGUAAUCGGUGACAAGUGGACGUAAUUGUUAGCGGUAGUAUUCAAAGAAGAAAAAAACCGGUGAGGUAGUGGAUCGUGGUGGAAAGCUUUACAGUCGGGCAAAGAAGUAGUGAAAGCUACUUGCGGAAAUUAUGAGAGUUUUAGCUGCUUAUUUGCUGCUAGCGAUAUUUGUGUGUACAAUCAACGCAUUACCGAAGCGGAGAUUCUCCCGGGAUGACGCCACGGACCGGAACUUGGUCGGUCUGUCGACCAAUAUUAUCGCCGCCAGUUUGCUCAAGGGGAGCGUAGACUCCAACGCUAACCAUGUGUUCUCGCCGAUUGGAUUCUCCUCCAUUUUGGCCAUCCUCAGCGAGGGCGCGAAAGGCCAAACUCUGCAGGAGUUUUACGAUGUGUUGAAGUUCCCCCAGGAUUCGAUAGAAGUUCGUAGUGCCUUUCAGCAGUCUCUGAAGAGGCUUGGUUCACAAAAUCCUGCCAACGAGCCUCAGUUGAAAACUUGGUUUUAUGUGUACGUGAACAACACAAUCGAUGAUAAAUUUAAGGACAUUCUGGUGAACAACUACUUCGUCGAUGUACGAGAUAUUGAACGGAACGAUUACAAUUUCGACGAACCUAAGACAUCAGUCGGGCCGAUUGAACAGACAAUUGAGUUCUCUGAGCUUCCGGCAGCCAUCAACCAGAUUAUUCCUUCGAAUAACAACAGCAAGGACAUAAUCGAUUUUGAGGAGUUGAAAAUCAAGUCUCUUGCGGAGGACCUGGACAGUAUUCGGUCGGAGGUUGGCAUUACCACAAUGUACGAUGAGGUUGAUGAGGAUGAGAACCCAAAGUUUGACAAAAAUAUCGACGACAAAGAGUAUGUCGAACCGACCAAGAUUAAAGAGCAAAUCGCACUGCAGAAGGAUGAGUACACUAACGAGGUGCUGGACGAACCAGUUGUGAAAAGUGUAGCGGAAGAUCGCGUCGAUCGUGUGGUCGUGGAUGAACCAGAAAGGGUCAGUCUGUCGUUGAAAAAGUUGGACGAUGACGAACAUGAGAUCAUGUACGCCGUUGAGAGUCAGGUUUCUAGGCGGAGGUUCAACGUUAGACGAUCCUUUCUGUCCGGAGACGUUGCUUCGGCAUUGAGUGGAAACUCUCUCGUGGGUCGUAAAGCUGGCGCCAAAGCUGGAGAUCAGGACUCGAGCGAAUCGAAGAUGCUGUUGUUCAACGGUCUGUACUAUCGAGGAAGCUGGGCCAGUCCCUUCCAGAUUAUGUCGGGAGAAGGAAAAUUCUACGUGAAUGGGGAGGAACAGCGUGUCACAAUGAUGCGUGCCGUAGGCAAAUUCGGUGUUGGUUCAAGCCAGGAGCUGGAUGCCAAAAUCGUCGAAUUGCCAUACAAUAACACUCGCUACUCGCUCCUCAUAAUGGUUCCCAAUAAACCCCACGGACUGAAAGAUCUGAUCAACAACUUCAACUGUCACAGCCUGAGCAGUGCUCAGCAGCGACUCGCUCAGACUCAAAUGAGUAUUAGCCUACCCAAGUUCCAAAUUGACACCACCAGCAGGGCGGAAAAGGCUUUGACGAAGCUCGGACUCAUAACCGUAUUCACAUCGAAGGCCGACCUCAGCGGAAUCACGGACGAACCAAAGAUCCACGUGGAUGAGUUGGUACAGCACGUCUCGAUCCGGGUAGAUGAAGGUGCCAGCAGUGAGCUGGCUCUCUCCGCUACCAACACCGUUGAAGCGAAAACCGCUAGCGAUCAGGAAGAUAUGGAAGAAUUCGUCGUCAACCGGCCAUUUGUAUUUUUUGUGCGGGAUACCAUCAACGACAUAGCGGUUGUUGCUGGCAAGGUUACCGACAUUCCGGCUCUAGAAGAGUAAAGACUUAAUCCUCAAUUGAUAGUUAUUUUUAGCAUGGCUUUAGCAAUUAGCAGAUAGUUAAGUUGUCCAUAUCUCACGCGCACUUGAAAUUGCAUUCAUCAGCAUUUUCAGAGUAGCAGAAAGCACCUUUCCUCCCCAAGCUCUACGAAGAAAGCAAAACAGGAACUUAACUUCGCAAUAUUCGAAGUAACUUUCGUCGAAAUAUUACAGAAAAUAGCACGAAUCUCAAGACGUCCAGCUUUGUCGUAAACGUUCCGAACCGAAGAUCUAUUAAAACCGGGCGAAUCGCAAAACCUCGAGCACAACAACAGCUAAUGAAAAAUUUUCGCAUCUUGUGCUGGCACUUUCAUAAGAUGACGAUAAUUUAGAGAAACAGAGUAGAAUGAAUAAACACCGCGAUAGCGAUUCCCAGUGGUGGGGCAACAGGAGACCGAUGCCAAUUAAUCUUUUCAAAAUAUGGCCCAUUUAUUUUGGAAUUGUAUUAUGAACGAACGAAACACCGGUGCCCGCAGUUUUUAUUACUCAAUUAGAGAUACAUAGAGAGACCGAAAAGGACUCGGUCCGAUUGUGUUACACGGCAAACGUCGGAGCAGGAUAACUACACACAAACACAUAUACACACAGUGAUGAAUGCAGUUUCGACUUUAAACGUUAAACGUUUACUACGUAACCGACGGAUGAACAAAACUAGGUUUAGUUUAUUUAUGUAAAAUCUUAAGUUAUUUUCUAUCUUUGAAUAAAAAAUUAAGAGUACUAUUUUCAUAAA